AUGGGAACAGAAAUAUCUAACGAUGAGAGUAGCAGAAAUGAAAACAGCAAAAAUUCGGAUGACGAUAACGAUAUAAUUUAUGUUGUAGUUGUUAUUGAAUCAAAGGAUUAUUAUUUUAGACCGUUAUCUCAAAAAAUUAAACUUAAUAAUGUUCGUACAAUGCUUUUAAAAGAUGAAACUGCAAUUAGACCAAGUGAUGAACCGAAAUUAAGCCUAUUAGAACUAUUAGAAGUUGUUGAAAAAAAAUAUGGUAACCAUUAUUUAUAUAUUAAUCAAAACGCUGAAUUUGAUUUGACUCAAUUAAGGUUUGAAAAAGGAUUCAAGAUUAACAAAGAUAAUUCAGUAAUAAGCGCAUCUCAUCAAGCAUUCGAAAUUACUCAUGAUGGAAUUCAGAUAGAGAAAAAAAAUGAGCAAAACAAAGGAACACAUGAAUGCAAACACGAAAAAACCACAGAAUGCAAACGGUCCUUUAUGUUUGAUGUAAAGCUUUCAGCUGCUUCUGAAUGGGUUUCUGCAUGUAUUGGAUUGUCACAAGAAAAUUCAAACAAAACGCUUAAAAAACAUACAAUACAUACCAGACAUUCUUAUGAACUAGUUUUAAUCGAAAAUUCUAAGUCCAAAGCUAUUAAUCCUCAAGUUGGAGCUGGGAUUGCUACCAUUUUUAAGCCUAAAAUUAAUGCUAUACAAUCUCUUAAUAAUGCAAAAAAAUGGAAAAUAACUGGAUACGAGAAUAUUUAUUCAUUAUUUGAAUUAUCAGAUGAUGAAUUGAAAGAAAAAGCGUUGAACAUCAUGGGUCAUCAAAUUUUAGAAACCAAAUUCAAUGAAAUCAAGUUCAAUAUAAAAGAAUACGAAAAAAAUAAGAAACCAUGUGGAUUAUAUGUGUGGAAAAAAACCCCAGUGAUUGUUAUUCAUCAUAUACAAGGUGAUAAAGCUAAACGAAUGCCUAAGAAUAUUAACAUUAGAAUCGGAUGGAUGUUCAUUGAACCACCAACAAGUUUUGAAUUUAAAACAACUAAUAAUACUCCUCAAGUAAAAAAUAGUUCUGAUAAAGGAAUGGCUACUUGCAUUCAUGUAUAUCAUAACCCAUAUGAAUCAACAUUCACCAUUGGCAAUUACCUUACACGUUGUCAAGAAUCCGUACGUCAAGAAUCUGCACAGUUAUUUGUUUAUGACAUUAAAGCUGAAAAAGAAGUAACCGACGAAGAAGUCCUGAAAUGA